AGCAUUUUAGAAAUAUUUAUUUUAGUUUUAGGUCUUACUAAGAUUAUUGCAAAAAGUGAAUAUAACAACACAUGUGUAUAUGGGCUAGCAAAUAAAAAAGAUGCACUUGAUCCAUCAUUAAAUUUUGAUGAAGUGGCACUCUCGUAUAUAUUAUCGGGCAACCAAAGCGGAUGUAUUAUGGACGUGAAUGAGAUUUUCAAAAAUUUAACAAAAUAUGAAACAGCGAACAAAACUAAUCUCUAUUUGUCUAUAACUUUUCUAUGUUUUGAUUAUGAUGUCAUUCACUUUCUGUCGGCAGGAUCCAAUGUGAAAUUUGAUGAACUUUAUAUUUUCAUCGAUUUAUCAAUAACUAUGUGUACUCUAUAUAUUGACGAAUUGGCAAAUUUUGAACAAUAUGGAUACAUUUUCUCGAUGAGUACCGAUAGUGUACCGUACAUACACACAGGUGCAUAUUGCUCUAUUUUAAACAAUCUUACAGCGUUAUCAACUAGUCUAGUUUGUAAAGAAAACAGUAAAAACGAAACAAAUCUGAGAAAUUUUUUCUUCUGGGAGGAAUGCGACCCAUUUGAGCAGCUGGCUGAAUUGAAUCUUCAGGGAUGUAGGGAGAAUAUGUAUAAUAUAAACGGUUCCUUCAUACAGAGUAAAUUCCCAAAUCUUCAACGGCUCGGGUUGAAAUACACAAAUUUAACAUUGAGUGAAAUGACUUUUCCAUGGACUAAUGAAUUUUUUAAUAUCACAGAUCUUCAUAUUAAACCCCUUUCCUUCAAUAAAAAAAGUGAUGUUUACGGCAAUUUUUCUUUACAAAGAAGUUUCACUAUAUAUGACUGCAUUCUGAACUUCAGUAAUGAUGUUACAUUGGUCGGAUAUAUAUUUAGCAUAUCUAUUAACAAUAACAAGAUGCCAAAUUUAGCAGACACUAUAUUCAUGAAAGUACGCGGUUUGACAGUCUUAGAUCUUUCAAACAAUGAUAUCAGUGAAGUAGACAAAGGGGCUUUUAUAAUGCAGAAUACUAGUAUGCUGGUGCAACUCAUCUUAGCUAAUAAUAAUUUGACUACACUACCUUUAGAUGUGUUUGACAAUCUGUCUAAUUUGUUGGCUUUAGACUUAUCUUCAAACAGAAUAACUAAAGUUGAACAACGAUAUUUUAAAUAUUUGACUAAACUAGAGAGCCUAAAUUUGAAACACAAUUCAAUUAAAAGAUUACCGUAUGACUUUCUUGCGUCGCAGAUUAACUUCAUUCGAGAGGUUUUUCUUGCCGAAAACCCUUUGGAAAAUUUACCGUUGAAUGUUUUCUAUGCUCCAAACAUACAGUCUGUAGAUAUGCGUCAUUGCCGUAUCAAUGCUAGUGGGCUUCAGCCACUACUGUACAAUGCAAGUUAUUCAAAAAUGGAAAAAAAUAAACACAUGUUUUUACCAACAUUUUAUUUGUCUCAAAAUAAUAUUAGAAAAAUACCGAUAAGUUCAAAUGAUUCAUCUGUUAGUAAUUUUGUGGCUGUUAUCACGAAUUUUAACCUUAAUCUAAAGGGCAAUCCAAUAGACUGUACGUGUUUGACACCUUUAAUUAAGGUAUUUGAAGUUAUGCGUGAAUAUAAAAUGUCUGUAGAUGAAAUAGACUGGAAAUGUCAAUAUCCAUCGGAGCUCAAAGGACGAUUAAUGGCCACGAUAAAACUUGAAGAAAUAUAUUGUCCAAUUUACAGUCAUUCUUGUCCUCGUGAAUGUGCUUGUUUUCAGCGUUAUAACACUAGCAAACUAAUCAUUGAUUGUCGAAAUAUCAAUAUGACUUCCUUACCUUUGGUGAUGCCAGCUGGAAGGUUAGAAUUAUGGUUCCGUAAUUCAAGCUUACUUGAAAUAUCACCUAGGGACUAUAUGGAAAACGUUACUUUUCUAGACGUUUCUCAUAAUAAAAUAAACAGGAUCACAGCAACUACUACAAAAGCUCUGGGCAACGUCUCAAUUUUGAAGUUAGACCACAAUAACUUGACACAUCUUCCUGAAUAAUUUGCGACAAU